UGAACGAACAAAAAUAAUAAUAAUAAUAAUAAUAAUAAUUCAAUCAGAUUUUCAUUUAUUCGAUAAAUAUUUGGGCUCGUGUUAAUCGUGCAGAAAACUAUAGAAAUAUUACCUACAACCUAUUUUUUCGUAAAUACAAAUGUAGCGGCCACCCCGAGGAUCCGAGCCCUCGGUCGAGGAUCUCGACCAAUCAGGAGGCGGCAGGAGCAGCGGCGAUUCCCGGCGAACGGCGAGGAUGUCCGACCCAUAUAAACCGGGAGGGCUGAAACACGGGGUCAGUAGCACGUGACACCUGUUGUGGUGAGGGUCUGGUUGGUUUUCUGUCGAUUAUUGGCGGCGAUUUCAAACGGUGCAGUGGCGUCUUGACUCUUGACUUUUUUAGUUCCUCUAUCAAUUUCUUUUUUCUUUUUUUACAGUUAAACGUGAUCAUUGCGCGGUGCGAAUAAAUCUAUACAAGGAUAAUAACGAUGCUAAUCAAUUGAUAUAAUACAGCGAAGUAAACGAAGUGUAUUAAACCGACUAUCCUCCGCGACGCGUAGUUUUGCAAAGCGGAUUUAAAAUCAAUUCAUAUUGCUAGAGUAAUAACCAAACUGUAACCAUUCUUCACAUCGGAUAUUACGAAAUCAAUUUAUCGAAUCCUGUAACGGGUAGUGAAAUAAUAAUUGAACCUUUUUUUUCAACAUCGCUUAUUUUCUAAUAACUAUUAUUUUUACCUACACCUGAUCCGGGAGGAAGAGGAUUACGCAUCGCGAUAAACAAGGACGAGCGAUCGUUACACGGGUGAAAUAAAAACAAACCGACAAGCUCAAAAGUAUGCGGAAUCACCCGAGCGAGGAUCGCGCGGAUGCCGCAGAACCUUCCGGACCUCCACCACCACCUCCGGAUCGGAUGGAAAAAUCCGUAGGCGAUGAGGAAGCGGACGUAACGCGUAUGCGGAAUCAACGCGAGACACGGAUGAGCCUGGAGGAUCAAGUCGAGACGAACAGGCUGGUUCUCCAGCUCGUUACGGACUCGCGGUUCAAUAUGACGCAGAUUAACGGACAGCGAAAGCUGGGCGGACCUCCUCCUGGGUGGAAGGGACCACCACCCGGACCGGGAUGCGAGGUAUUCGUCGGUAAGAUACCGAGGACCCUCUACGAGCACGAGAUUUAUCCGAUAUUCCGUCGGAUGGGCGAGGUCUACGAAAUAAGGCUGAUGAUGGACUUCUCCGGGACGAACAGGGGAUACUGCUUCGUGAUGUUCGGAAAGCCCGAGUUCGCCCAGAAGGCCAUCCGGGAGCUCGACAAUUUCGAGAUACGACCUGGAAGGAGGAUCGGCGUCGUUGCCAGCAUCAACAACUGCCGGCUUUACGUUGGUCAAUUGCCAACAGACGUGGCCUCGGAAACGGUGAUCAGGAAAAUUUACGACAUCACUGACGACGUCGGCCAGGUCUCGGUCUACAGAAACGUCGAGGAUCAGGCGAGGUACGCGCUUAUUUCGUACAAAACGCACCGCGGCGCAGCCAUGGCACGAAGGAGACUCGUACCUGAAAGAGCGACGCUCUUUGGCGGUGCCGAGGUCAGCAUAGACUGGGCACAUCCCGGCAUGUACCCUUCGAACGUGAUCGAGGAAACCGGAACCGUCGACGAGGAUGGGAGCAUCGAAAUAUCGAGAUCAUUCGUCGGCAACGAGACGAAACGCUACCAAAACCGGCGAAAGGCUCGUGACGAGUUCCUGGAUCACAGCAUCCGCGCCUAUCUUCAGUCGGAUCGAGGUGCGCCGCGCGGUAGGCAAUCGGCGUCUCACUUGAAGCAGGCGGGUUGCACGAUCGGCGCCAUCAGGAGUUAUCUCAACUCUGCAGCCGGCGAGGCGAAUAAAAUAAUUUGCGGCAGUCUCGAAUUUAUUCCGCAACAAAGUUUAGGCCAAGCUUACGCGGAAAUGGCGAAAAUUUCUGGCAAAGCACCCGGAAGAAAUUCCUCGUUCGAGCUCAACGGCGGCUCCUCUUCCUCCGAAUCUUCCGCUUCCUCCAGUCAAGGCACUGAAGGGGCAAAUUCCGAAUUUGGGACGGUCGGCGUAGCGGUGAAUAAUUUAUUAAACUUUGACCGGCUGUCCAUUGGAGAAGAAAAAAAUCGCACCGUUGCUGCGGGGGGCGGAAAUCUUUUUGCCAAUGUGCAGGAAGGUUACGAGUCUUUGAAUUUGUUCGAGAAUUACACUUUUGGCGGGAAUUCUCACGGCAAUAUCGAUGAUCAAGUUAAUCAUAGCUUGGAUAAUAACUUCGCUGAUAAUUGCUUUGACGAAUCUAAUUCACAGCAGGAGAAAAUAGACGGUGAGAUUCAGUUUGAGGUCGAUAAUAAUUUCGGUGCGAAAAACCGGAAAACUGGACGUGAAGGCGAACAGAAAUCGCGGGUAAAUCGAGGCAAAAAGAAUUUUGCGUUUGAGCAGAGCGAGGGUACCGUUUACGCAGGUUCUAAUCUGCUCGAUGAUAACGUUCAAGGACCAAUUGAAUUCGGUGGGGAAAAGUUUUCCCGGACUAUUGGUACGCCCUUGAAUAACAAGCGCGGUGAUGGUUUUUCUAAUCUGCUGCAGAAGCAGUUCGGCGAAAAAAAUUCCGGAUUAACAAAGUCCGCGGCUAAGGCUGCGACAAUGACGCGAUCGAAUUUGAUUUCUAGUGUCUGUAGGCAGAACGAUUGGCAGACUAUCGCUGUGAACAGUUUUAAUUUUGCGAACUUCGCGCCGCCUUCAGGUCGGGAAAAUGGGCGUUCGAUGCUCACGCAGAAUCGCAAUAUUGGUAUAAACUCGCUGGUGUUAGAUAAGAACAACAAAAACUCGGCCACAGGGCGAUGCAAUAAUCAGCGUGCGCAGAAUUUUCAUCAGCGUGGAAAAAUGGCGGCCGUUUCUCAAGAACACGGAUAUCAAAUGAACCCGAAUUGCAUGAACUUGAAUAACCUGAACGAUGGGAGAGAUUGGAUUUCCGCACAGCUUGCGUAUAACGCCUGCGACUUUAAUCCGGACUAUUUCAACACGAAUUCGUGCAGACUCGCUUCCAGCGGCAAUUCACUCGCGACUUACUUAGGCCAGGAAUUUUUGACCGAUCAAUCGCAGCCCGUCUUCAUACCGAGCCACAACCGCCAGAAUAACUUGCGAAAUCUUUUUCACACGGGGGAAAAAACUCUCGCUAAUAUCGCCCAGGCCGCCUGUUGCCGCAUCGCGCCCGCUCAAUUCCAGAACAAAAAAACUUCAAAUUUUGAAAACCCACCCAAGGCAGGCAGGCCGAUUUUGAGUAGAUCUCACGCGAGUUUGCCCCAGAUGCACUGAUUAUUGUUCUUUUUUUUUGUUGUGUUCUUUUACAUUCCGGUUCUGUUAUCUAUACGAGCAUCGUACAUCAUUUUAUUGAAUAAGAUUUUUUAACGCCUAUUACGUGAUUUUUUUAAUAAUUCACCAAAGAAUAAUCAACACGGAUCUCAGGUUCCUAAACUAAUCGUAUCUGACCAGAUUUCGAUAACUCGGUAACGUUACCGAUUAGC